AUGACGGCAGACAACUUACCUUCCAUUAAAAUCGAAAGGCCUUUAUAUGAGCAUAAUCAAUUAAGGGAAGACCUUAUGUAUGAAAAAACAAAAAAAUCACGUAAAUGGUGCAAAAAUAUUAGCUGUAGAAAAAUUAUAACAAGUACCAUUCCUUCCUUGGGAUGGAUACCGAAAUAUGGGAAAACUGAUUUUUUCUCAGACUUAGCCGCUGGAUUUACUGUCGCAAUUAUGCAUAUACCUCAAGGAAUGGCUUAUGCUUUAUUAGGCAACGUCCCUCCGGUGGUUGGGAUUUAUAUGGCUGUAUUUCCAGUUCUAGUCUAUUUCUUUUUUGGAACAUCUAGGCACGUGUCUAUGGGAACAUUUUCCAUAGCUUGCCUAAUGACUGGUAAAGCAGUUUUAGAAUAUAGUGAUCCGGUUUACUUUAAACCAGCAACAACAAACGGAUCAGAUUUAAUAUUUACAAGCACUUCACCAACGUAUACCCCAUCGCAAGUUGCCUCUGCUGUUACUUUAGUAGUAGCUUUUAUACAGUUAAUUAUGUAUUUCUUAAGACUUGGUAUAGCGAGUGCCCUUUUAUCGGAAAUGUUGGUAAAUGCGUUUACGGCUGGAGCAGCAGUUCAAAUAGUAAUUACCCAAUGUAAGGAUUUGAUCGGCAUAACCAUACCAAAAGUUUCGGGGAAACUUUCUGGCAAUUAACACGCUUACAGUUAUAUUCGAAAAUAUUGGAAAUUAUAAUGUGGCGGCUAUAGUAAUAUCUUCAAUUUCAAUUGUGAUAUUGGCUAUAAACAAUGAAAUUUUAAAGCCAAUUGUAGCCAAAAAAAUCAAAAAUACCGAUCCCUAUUGAAAUAAUUGUAGUAGUGAUUGGUUCUAUAGUGUCUAAUCAGUUUGAGCUACCCAAACUUUACUCUAUUAAAACCGUCGGUCACAUUCCUAGUGGACUUCCCGCUCCAACUCUUCCUCCAUUAUCUUUAAUUCCUAACGUUCUCGUAGACGGGUUUUCAGUAGCUAUUGUAUCUUACGUGACAUCGAUGUCCUUAGCCCUCAUUCUAGCUCAAAAAGCUAAUUAUGAAAUUGAUGCAAAUCAGGAAUUACUAGCUAUGGGAACGAGCAACAUAGCAGGUUCAUUGUUUACUUGUAUGCCUGUAUGUGCAUCAUUAUCCAGAUCGAUGAUUCAACAAGUCGUCGGAGGAAAAACUCAAUUCGUAUCAGUAUUUUCGGCUCUUUUAUUAAUAAUAACACUUCUUUGGAUUGGACCAUUUUUUGAACCGCUACCUAGAGUAAGUUACUAUGAAUGGGGAUUAAUAAUUUAUAGAAUAUACUAUAAUUAA